AAAACAGAGCUGUAUUUCUACAGAAAAAAGAUAAUAGAAAAUGAGAAGUUGGGAACAAUUUUUUGGUCUUGUUUCAGCCCCUUCACAAAACCAAAUUUCUUUAAACCCUAGAAGCAACAACUGCUCCCAUCCCCGCCCACACACACCACCGACACACACUCCCCAACAAUCAUGGCGACUAACUCUCCGAAUCUGGAAUGCCGAAUGUAUGAAUCGAAGUACCCAGAAGUAGACCAAGCAGUGAUGAUACAGGUGAAAAGCAUGGCUGAUAGUGGGGCCUACGUUUCCCUUCUGGAGUACAAUAACAUUGAAGGAAUGAUUCUUUUCUCUGAGCUCUCUCGUCGUCGUAUUCGGAGUAUUAGUAGUCUUAUCAAAGUUGGACGCAUCGAACCUGUUAUGGUUCUUAGGGUUGAUAAGGAGAAAGGAUAUAUCGAUCUCAGUAAACGUAGGGUUUCUGAAGAAGAUAUUUCGGCUUGUGAGGAGAGGUAUAAUAAGAGUAAACUUGUUCAUUCUAUCAUGCGUCAUGUUGCUGAAACCAUGGAAAUUGAUCUGGAGGACUUGUACAUUCAUGUAGGUUGGCCUUUAUACAGAAAAUAUGGUCAUGCUUUUGAGGCAUUCAAAUUGGUUGUCAGUGAUCCAGAUUCAAUUCUUAAUUCCCUCACCCGUGAAGUUAAAGAAAUUGGCCCUGAUGGGAAGGAGGUAACUAAGGUUGCUCCUGCUUUAUCUGAGGAAGUUAAAGAUGCAUUAGUCAAGAAUAUUAGGAGAAGAAUGACUCCACAACCAUUGAAGAUUCGAGCAGAUAUUGAGAUGAAAUGUUUUCAGUUUGAUGGUGUUCUUCACAUUAAGGAAGCUAUGCGUAAGGCUGAAGCUGCUGGUAAUGAUGACUGCCCUGUUAAAAUUAAACUUGUUGCUCCUCCAGCAUAUGUGCUCAAUACUCAGACUCUUGACAAGGAGCAAGGCAUAGCGAUCCUUACUAAAGCAAUUGCAGCUUGCACCGAGGAAAUAGAGCGUCACAAAGGAAAACUUGCUGUCAAGGAGGCUCCAAGAGCG